CGGGGUUCACAUUUGUGCAUUUCCAUGCUGCAACUGUGAUGCGGCAUUAAAAUGCUUGCAUUUUUCCCCUUCACAUUAUGCAUUUUUUCUUGCAAUUUUUGAUGCGCAUGGAAAUGCAUGCUUUAGACCACGUUCUAUUUUGUAUGCAUUUUUUGGCGCAUCUUUAGUAAUAUUUUUAGGAAUAUUUCUCUUGCCAAUAGCUAGAAUUAAGUUUGCAACGAAAAGUUCGUUGACUCAUGGCUGUUUAUGUUUCUUAACCUUACAUUUUAAUUUUAAACAGUUUGGAAUUGGGUUAAUUAUUUUAUUUAGUGUUAAAAAUGAACCGUGAAAUACGUGCUUUUCCAUGGUCGCGUACCUUAGUGGAGGACCUUAUAAUUUUGUACGAAGCGCAACCCUUAUUGUAUACAACGAAAAUGAAAGAAUAUAAGAAUAAAAUGAAACGGCAAAAUGCAAUACAAUCAAUAAAAAAUGAAUUGAUGAAAAAGUAUCAGGUUGAGUGCCGCAAUUUAACGGACCAAGACAUAAUUAAAAAAGUACACGUAAUUCGGACGCAAUUUAAGAAAGAGGUGGCACUAUUAAAAAAAUUUUUGUCCAGUGGUUGUUCAGCAGAUUCCUACGAACCGAAACUUUGGUGUUUUGACAUGCUGCAGUUUUUAAACGAAUGCGAUCCAGUGAGGGAAAGCCAAUCAAAUAUUGAACCAUCAGAGACCCAAAUAUUCACGCCCAAUGGUACUACAGUUACAUAUGAUGAGGAUAUUGUGUUUGAAGGCACGCUGGAAGACCUGGAUGAAUAUGAAGUUGAUGCUUUCAAUAACAGUCCAUGCACUUCACAAACAUCGACAUCAAGGGCAACUACACCUACAGUAUCAAAAAGCAAGAGGAAAAUGCAGAACUCUGUGGCAGACCUAAUCCAAACCGCUGUACAAUCCCUCGAAAGUUGCAAAAAAAGGCCCCACAUUGAAGAUGAAUUUGAUAUAUUUGCAAAGACAAUCGCAACAGAGUUGAGGAAAGUCGAAGACCCUUACAAAAUACGGAUGUUGAAGAAGGAGAUAUUUACAAAAGUUGUUGAUGCUCAAUAUGAUUAGAUUUUAUUUUGUACAUUUGUUUAUUGAUAAUAAUAAUGCUAUGCUAAGUCA